CCGAGCCGCGGAGGAUGCUCGGGCCGUGAGCCCGCAGCCGGCAGCCCCGGCGCGGCGGAGCCAUGGGCAAGGACCAGGAGCUGGUGCAGGCGGUGAAGGCGGAGGACAUCGCGGCCGUGCAGAAGCUGCUGCAGAGGCCCAAGCCGGGCAAAGCCAAGCUCCUCGGAUCCGCAAAGAAAGUCAACGUCAACUUCCAAGACACCGAUGGGUUCUCAGCUCUGCACCAUGCAGCUCUUAAUGGCAACACGGAGCUCAUCUCGCUGCUGCUGGAGGCGCAGGCUGCGGUGGACAUCAAGGACAACAAAGGCAUGCGGCCCCUGCACUACGCGGCUUGGCAAGGCAAGAAGGAGCCCAUGAAGAUGGUGCUGAAAGCAGGCUCCUCCGUGAACAUCCCGUCGGAUGAGGGGCAGAUCCCCCUGCACUUGGCGGCGCAGCACGGGCACUACGACGUGUCAGAGAUGCUCCUGCAGCACCAGUCCAACCCCUGCAUCAUGGACAACUCCGGGAAGACACCUCUGGACCUGGCGUGCGAGUUUGGGCGGGUCGGGGUGGUGCAACUGCUCCUGAACAGCAACAUGUGCGCGGCGCUGCUGGAGCCCAAGCCGGGGGACGCCACCGACCCCAACGGCACCAGCCCCCUGCACCUCGCCGCCAAGAACGGCCACAUCGACAUCAUCCGGCUGCUGCUCCAGGCGGGCAUCGACAUCAACCGGCAGACCAAGGCGGGCACGGCGCUGCAUGAGGCGGCUCUCUGCGGCAAGACCGACGUGGUGCGGCUGCUGCUGGAUAGCGGGAUCAAUGCCCACGUCAGGAACACCUACAACCAAACGGCUCUGGACAUCGUCAACCAGUUCACCACCAGCCAGGCCAGCAAGGAGAUCAAGCAGAUGCUGCGGGACGCUUCCGCCGCUCUGCAGGUCCGGGCCAUCAAGGAUUAUUGCAACAACUACGACCUGACCAGCCUCAACGUGAAAGCCGGGGACGUGAUCACGGUGCUGGAGCAGCACGCGGACGGGCGAUGGAAGGGCUGCAUCCACGACAACCGCACCGGCAACGACCGCGUCGGAUACUUCCCCUCCAGCCUCGUCGAGGCCAUAAGCAAGAGAACAGGUUCAUGGGAGACUGUAACAAUCCCCCAACAGUACCAAAAGAUCCCGCUCCCGGCUUACGGGGCUGCUGUGCUAAACGGUGACGCCUCGUCCCAUCCGUUCCAUUCCCUGCCUCCACCUCCACCUCCACCACCACAUUCCCAUCAGACUCUUUUCAGUUCCUUUGGCUAUCACAGGCUCUCCCCUAGCAGUGCCGACGAGCCGCCUUACGGACAAGGGUCCCGCGGGGCCGACAUGAGCCCAUCGCACCUCUCGCCGUCGCAGGGCGGAUCGGCUGCACCGGCUCCCACCGAGGAGAUCUGGGUGCUGCGGAAACCCUUCACAGGUGGGGACCGCAGCAGCCUGGGCAGCACGGGCAGCGUGGCCUCGGCGCGCAGCUCAGGCAGCGGGCAGAGCGCGGGCAGCGGGGCGCAUGCCCUGCACGCCGGCUCGGAAGGUGUCAAGCUGCUGGCAACCGUCCUUUCCCAGAAGGCUUCUGCGCAAGAGUGUGCCGUGGGCGAUGGGCCGGCCAAGGCGCAGGACAUCCCCGCAGGUGCCUCGAGGUCGCAGAGCGUGGCCAGCUCCCCAUACACCCCCCAGCCCCCCGCCGAGCCCCAGCUGAAGAAAAUGGAGCCACCAUCAGAGGGGAAGAGCUCGGAGGCCGUGUACCAGUGGCUCUGCAAGUUCCAGCUGCAGCUCUAUGCACCCAACUUCAUCAACGCCGGUUACGACAUCACCACCAUCAGCCGCAUGACGCCCGAGGACCUCACGGCCAUCGGUGUCACCAAGCCGGGGCACAGGAAGAAGAUUGCGUCUGAGAUCAACAACCUCAGCAUCCCCGAGUGGCUGCCGGAGUACAAACCGGCCAACCUGGCGCUGUGGCUCUCCAUGAUCGGCCUGUCCCAGUACUACAAGGUGCUGGUGGAGAACGGCUACGAGAACAUCGACUUCAUCACCGACAUCACCUGGGAGGACCUGCAGGAGAUCGGCAUCACCAAGCUGGGCCACCAGAAGAAGCUGAUGCUGGCGGUGAAGAAGCUGGCGGAGCUGCAGCGCGCCGAGAUGGGCAAGUACGAGCCGGGCACGUUGAAGAGGAAGGCGGGCGCCGCGGCGUGCCCGGAGGUGCUGGCCAUCGAGUCCCCCCCACCGGAGCCUCCCGAGUGCCAGUCACCCAAGAUGACCACGUUCCAGGACAGCGAGCUCAGCAGUGAGCUGCAGGUGGCCAUGACGGCCGAGGGCCCCGAGGAGCCCGCGGAGAAGGCGGCGAACCCGGCGGGCCCGGUGACGGGGCUGGGCGGCCGCGCCAGGGUGAUGAGCAGCUCGCAGGAGCUGCUGGGGGACGGCCCCCGCGGUGCCCCCGCCGCGGCCAUCUCCAAGAGCCAGGAGUACCUGGCCGAUGGGGCUGGCGAGGGCCAACCCGUGCCGCACAAGGAGGGGCGGCCGCCACGCCACGGCCACCCGGUGAAGCGCGCCAGCGUGCCGCCCGUGCCCGGCAAGCCCCGGCAGCCCUUCCCUGCCGCCAGCGGGCAGCUGACACCGCCGCAGACCCCCGGCAAGCCGCGUCCCCCGUCCCCGCAGGGCCCAUCGGUGCCGCACGCCACCGCUAAGGUGAAGCCGACCCCGCAGCUCCUGCCACCGGGGGAGCGCCCCGCGUCGCCGCGCUCGCUGCCGCAAUCGCCCACGCACCGCGGCUUCGCCUAUGUCCUGCCGCAGCCCGCCGAGGGCGAGGGCAGCCCCGCGGCCGUGCCCGUGCUGCCGGUGUCGGUGCCGGUGCUGUGCCUGCCGCCCGCGGGCGAGGGCGAGGAGGAGCCGGGCCGGCCGAAGAAGCGGGCGCACAGCCUGAACCGCUACGCGGCCUCCGACAGCGAGCAGGAGCGGGACGAGCUGCUGGUGCCCGACGCGGGGCCCUACGCCACGGUGCAGCGGCGCGUGGGGCGCAGCCACUCGGUGCGGGCCCCCGCUGGCGGCGACAAGAACGUCAACCGCAGCCAGUCCUUCGCCGUCCGGCCCAAGAAGAAGGGGCCGCCGCCGCCACCGCCGAAGCGCUCCAGCUCCGCCAUCUCCAGUGCCGGCAUGGCCGAGGACUUCCCCAAGGAUGGCGAAGGAGAGGCGGCCACCAGGGCCCCCACCGCCGCCGAUGGGGAGAGCAGCCGCGAGCAGCGUCGGGCCAGCGACCUGGGCGGCAGCGUGGACACGGGCAGCGCGGGCAGCGUGCGCAGCAUCGCGGCCAUGCUGGAGAUGUCCUCCAUCGGUGGUGGUGCGCGGGCGCUGGCGCUGCAGAAGCCACACGGGGCCCCGGUGCCGGCCAAGGCGCCCGAUGGCUACUACCUGCAGCCGGGACCCCCGCCGGGCAGCCCCGACCGCGCGCGCGUGGCCACCGUCCUGGCCACCGUCAAGCACAAGGAGGCCAUCGGGCUGGAUGGGGAGGUGGUGAACCGGCGCCGGACCAUCAGCGGCCCCGUCACCGGGCUGGUGGCAGCCGCCCGCCGCGAGCGCGCCGACAGCGUGCGGUCAGAGACGGGCACCGACGGUGCCGGCGAGCGGCUGCGGGUGGAGCGCGGCGGCUCCCCCGACGGCAUCCCCUUCGCCGAGGAGGGCACCCUCACCAUCAAGCAGCGGCCGCGGCCGCUGGGGCCAGCGCGGGGCGAGGCGGGCGAGGGGCUGUCCCCAGCGCACCGCCACGGGGACCUGGCCAAGGUGGAGGCCAGCGCCACGCUCAAGCGCCGGAUCCGGGCCCGGCAGAGCCAGCAGGAUGGAGUCCGCUUUGUGCUCACCGAGUCUGACACCGUCAAGCGCCGGCCCAAGGCCAAGGACAAGGAGCCGGCGCUGGAACCGGCCUCGCUCGCCGUCUACCAGAACGGCACCGGCACCGUGAAGCGGCGGCCGGCCUCGGAGCUGAGCGGGGCUGAGCCUCCCGCCACCCCACCGCCCGCUGCCCGCACCGAUGGCCCCGACUACGCCGCGCCACCCGUCGAGCACAAGAAGCCCUUCAAGCCGCCGGUGUCCCCCAAGCCCGUGCUGGCUCAGCUGCCGCAGAAGGUCCCCGGGCCACCCGCACCGGUCCCCAAAAAGGUGCCCAUCCCGAGCCCCGGCAGCCCAGAGGUGAAGCGGGUCCAUGGCACGCCGCCGCCGGUGUCCCCCAAGCCCACGCCGCCCCCCACGGCGCCGAAGCCCCCCAAGCCCCACGCCGCCAUCCAGUCGGUGAGCGCCGGCUCGACGCCGACCCCGUCACCAGCACGGCAGCUGGGUGCCGGCACGGCCAAGCCGUCCAGCACGCCGCCCUCGCUGUGCUCCAGCCCCGCCAAGCCGCUGUCGCCCGGCGCGCAGCCCGUGCCGGUGAAGCCGCCGCGCUCCGCCAUCGCCAGCCCUUCCGUUGACAGCGCCGGCUCCGAGCUGGCGCAGCAGAAGCUGGAGGAGACGAGCGCGUCCCUGGCCGCGGCGCUGCAGGCUGUGGAGGAGAAGAUCAAGCAGGAGGACAGUCAAGCGCCAGACUCUGCCGCGGAGUCGAAGAGCACCGUGAGCAUCCUGGACGACAUCGGCAGCAUGUUCGACGACCUGGCGGACCAGCUGGAUGCCAUGCUGGAGUGAGGGGCGCCAGGGCCCCCCGAACCUCAGGGCUUACGUGGGCACAAGGGCACAACGAUCCACGACCCCCCCCAACCCCGGCCCCGCCGCCCUCCUCCCCGUCCCCUUUGUACAGCCGUCCCCUCCCGGACAUCCCGUCCCUCGGGGUUUGCACAAAGAAGAAGAUACCUCAGGAUUGUGCUCACGGACUCGGCGCGGCUCCGGCAGAGCUUUUUGCAGCAGCAAAAAACCAACCCAACACCAGAAGCAGCAAAGCAGCGCAUCCCGGACGGACACGGUGCCGGUGAGGGGGGGGGGGGGGUCCUCGACAGCCCCGGUGCCGCGGCCCACCGCGAAUGUAGCACAAGCCCUGCCUGGCGCGGCGGCCCCGGCGCCGUGUGCCACCGGCCGAUGGCACCGCGGGUGACGGCUCCGGGUGGGCAAAUGCACUUGGGUUUCUUUUCUCCUCAUUUCUUUUAACUCUUCCUUUGUCAGUGCUCUUCCUUCCCCCUCCGCUGCGGUCGGCGGCGGCGCAGGGGCCGGGGCUGCCGCCCCAUGGAGGGAUGCUGGGGGGCAGCGGGACGUGCCCCUGCCCGGCCCCUCCUCGCAAAGGGGGGGACAGGACAGUGAUAAGCUAUAAAGAAGUAUUAAUUUAUUGGAGGGGAAGGAAAGAAAGAUAUAAAGCAGAUUUCCCUCCCCCUUCACACCCCCUCCCCAGAUAAUAAAAAGAAUAAACUUUAACAAAUAUAUAUUUAAAAGAUUUAAAAGUAUUAGCAAUUAUAUAUAAAGCAGUUUAAAAGAAAUCAAGAGAAAACUGGAUUUUAGCUUGAGAAGAAGAAGAAGAAGAAACAAAACACUAUUAGAUUAUUACUAAGCUGUGUGUCUUGUGGCAAACUCAUUCUCCGAGUAGCACAAUAUUUACCUGUUCUCCGGGUGGAAGGCUCGUGCAAGCGGUUUCGUUCCGUUGGGAUUCAGUGUCGGCGUCUUUCUGUUCUGCUCCACCGUUCCGAACUCAAAGGAUGUGCCUUGUUUUCUGGAGGUUUUUGUUACUCCUUCUCCUGGAGGUGGUUCAUUUCCUUUGGAGCGUCUUCAGGCUUGGGUUGGGUUUCUUUCUAUCCGUUCCUUAUGGCAUCCGUUGGGGUGUGCGUGGGGUGUCUGUGUGCGUGUGAGCGUGCGUGUGCUUCGGGUGUUCAUCCCGGUGUAUAUUCCUGUAUAAACUGGAGUUGGAGUCUGGUUCAGUCGCUUGAGUCCUGAUGAAUGCAUCUCUCUGCUUGUGGGGUCCAAAGUGUUGCUGGUCCUUUCUUUACCAGAGCCUACGCAGUGGUCUCCAUCCCCCUGCCUUCUUCCUCCUCUUCCUCUCUAUCCGCCCCCUUGCCCUCUGCCCUCCCUCCCGUUGUGGUCGCUGAUCCAGAUGUGUUUGGCACAACUUUGGCAUUUCUUUACAAAAGAGGAAAAAAAAAAACCAACCAAAAAAAAAAAGACAAAAAAGACUUUAAAAAUAGCAAAAAAAAAUAAUAAUAAUGAUAAAAAAAAAAUCACUCGCCUGAAAAUAUCUGUUGAAAAAGAAAAAAAAAAUGAUGUAUCUAAACCAGAAAUCCCCAUAAAGUUCUACAUGAUGGAUAUAUACAUAUAUAUAUUUUUUAUGAUUAAGUUAUGGACUCUGUAUCGUAUCCCAUCUGUCGAGCUAUGCAUCUUGGUGCUUCUCCCCGCUCUCCUGUGCUUAGAUUUCACCUCUACUCGUCUUAUUCUUCCUAUUCUGAAUAGUAGGUGGCUCGUGGUGCUGUGAAGAAGUUUGCUCCUAUACCAAGUCUGGCAACAACUAUUUAAAGAAAAAUAAAAGAAACUAAAACCC